CCUGAGCCUGCAGUCCCAGAGCUCACACACCGGCAGAAGGAGACCUCUCGAGGCUGGCCCAGUCUCCAUUUCUUCUCUCUCAAGCUUUUGUGUCUGUGCCUUUGAGCUGAAAGGAGGGUGCACUAGGAAAGGAGGAGGGGUGCCUGGGGUGAGAGCACCCUCUUCACGCGCGCGCGCACACACACGUUGCCGGCGCACGCACACACGGGCGGACACACACUUCCAGACGCGCGUGCGAGCACACACACACACACACACACACACGCACAAAGCUCUCUCGCUUUGAGCGCACUAACGUGGCCGCUUUCUUUGUGUGGAGCCCUCGAGUGGGGUUGGGACCCGGGUCCUGUCCCGGGGAGAUGGCGCAGCCCAUCCUGGGCCAUGGGAGCCUGCAGCCCGCCUCAGCUGCUGGCUUGGCAUCCUUGGAGCUCGACUCAUCGAUGGACCAGUACGUGCAGAUUCGCAUUUUCAAAAUCAUCGUGAUUGGGGAUUCCAACGUGGGCAAGACCUGCCUGACCUUCCGCUUCUGCGGGGGUACUUUCCCAGACAAGACUGAGGCCACUAUCGGUGUGGACUUCAGGGAGAAGACCGUGGAAAUCGAGGGCGAGAAGAUCAAGGUUCAGGUAUGGGACACGGCAGGCCAAGAACGCUUCCGUAAAAGCAUGGUUGAGCAUUACUACCGCAACGUGCAUGCCGUGGUCUUUGUCUAUGACGUCACCAAGAUGACCUCCUUCACCAACUUAAAAAUGUGGAUCCAGGAAUGUAACGGGCAUGCUGUGCCCCCACUCGUCCCCAAGGUGCUUGUGGGUAACAAGUGUGACUUGAGGGAACAGAUCCAGGUACCCUCCAACUUAGCCCUGAAAUUUGCUGACGCUCACAACAUGCUCUUGUUUGAGACAUCAGCCAAGGACCCCAAAGAAAGUCAGAAUGUGGAGUCGAUCUUCAUGUGCCUGGCUUGCCGACUGAAGGCCCAGAAAUCCCUCUUGUACCGUGAUGCUGAGAGGCAGCAAGGCAAGGUGCAGAAACUGGAGUUCUCACAAGAGCCUAACGGUAAAGCCUCCUGUCCUUGUUGAAGCCAAAUGGUGUCCAUAUUCGAGAAUUAGCUCUGGAGUUUUUCCUUUCCCUUUUUUCUGUGCCUGCAUAAUACCUAUACCUGCUUGUUUCCAUACAAACUAAUAUCAAAAUAAAAUUUGUAUAGAUUAUCACGUG